AUGGCUCUGCCACGAUACGUUCUUGCUGCCAUCUCCCAGGAUGCAACCACGGACAAACAACUCGUCAUUGACCUUGCAAAGUCGGCUUCUCUUAAUGUCAAGGUGUCCAGAGAGAUGAGCUUAUCGGCUGACCAGAAGACCGAACUGCAUAAGCGUAAUCCAGCACUUGCCAAGGUGUUUGAAUGCCCACCCGUUUCUGUAUUGCUACUGGAGAGUCAAGAUGCCGUUCAGCAAUGGCUUAAUGUCAAACAAGAGCUUGCAAGGGAUAGUUCGAAUCUCAACGACGAUGUCUUUUACAGCAGCUCAUCCGAGGCGGGUGCAAAGUCUGAUCUUCUUUGGUACAAGAGCAUCGUUCAAAAGAAGAAACCUGCUGCUGGUAAUGGCAACAUCAAAUCAUCAGCAGCUACUACAGCAGCGUCCAAACAAAGAAUGGCGACAAUGACAUCCAAUGCACGUUCUUCCGCAGCAACAGCAACAACUCGUCGUCGAUCUGCAGCUGCUGCUGCUGCUGCCUCCCAAGAUACUGGCACAAGCAAGGGGCCAAAAUCAGAGACAAUGGGUCGACAAUCUCGCAACACCAGUGUGCCUUCACGAGUACCAGUCAAAACAUCAUCUGACGGCAGCAGCAACGGCAAUCGUGUAGCAAAGCGCAAUACGCCCAUGACAAUGAAAAAGAACAACAACAUGGCAACCACCAAAAAGACAAGACCUGCAUCCACUUUGGAAAAGAAAUCUGACAAGGAUGAGGCACCAUCAUCAUCAUCAUCACCACCAGCUGAUGAAGAAGAGAUAACAACCACCGAGAUGGAAAAGGAGCAACAACAGCAACCUGCUACACCCAAUGUUGAGCCUAACCAUGUCGAGGAAAUAUACCCAUCGACCACUACCAAUGGCACCCGAGAAGAGAAUGAAAGUGAACAUGAUGCAGAGGUGGCUGCUGCAACCACCCGUUUGGCCAAUGUGGCAUCUUCAGCUUCUGUUGCCACCACUGCGACCAUGGUUACCAUGACAACCGACGACCGAAGCUCGACAUCACCAUCCAUUUUGCGUACUUCGCUUUCACCCAAUAGCAUCAGCUCGUUACCACGUCCAGAGACACCUGAAGUGGAUAAUCUACGUCAACGUUUCGAGAGUAUUGCACAAAUCACUACACCCAACAACAACAACAAGCCUUAUGGCACACGACCCUCGACUACAUCCCCUGACAAUCCUUUGAAGGUCAAAGACAUGAAACCAAAGUCGCCAUCGGGUGCACGAGUCAAGAGCAUGGUGGACUUUUUUAUGGAUGAAAACCUGCACAAAUGGGAGUUUUAA